AUAAUUAAUUUUGUAUUGUUUUCCUGUUUAUUGAAUUAUGUAGUAAAAAUUAGUUACAUUAUUACAUACAUAUUUUUGUAAAUGUUUAAAUGUUUAAUAAUUAUAUAAAUUAUGGCUUCUGAUAUUGAAUGUUUGAAAUGGAAUACAACAAGUUUCAAACCGUCCAAUGGUAAUGUUUUGGACUACACAGAAUACACUUUAGCAUUGAAACCGUCUCAUUGGCUAAACCUGAAGACAAAAGGCCACACAACAAAACUAUCAUAUUUAGGUCUAACUCAGAGAUUAGUAUCUUUAGACAAUCUUAAUAAUUUAUAUGUGUAUGAUUGGUCCAAAGCUGAUUUAAAAACUAUAAAAUCAAGAUAUGAACAUAAUAGUAGACUUACAAGUUUGGCAAGCAAUUAUUCAGGAAAUCAUAUAGUUACAUGUUCAGAUAACGGAAAAAUUCAACUGUGGAACUUUAAAUUUUCAUGUUUGAAGAUGUUAACUGAAUUCAGAGGUCAUUAUCAAUGUGUACGUAAUGUCGAGUAUUCUGUCGACAAUAAUUAUUUAAUAUCUUGUUCCAAUGAUAAAACAUUUAAAAUAUGGGAUUGUCAUUCUAAUAAGUUUGUUGCUAGUAAUAUGUUUCAUCGUAAUUGGGUUAAUGUAGCAAAGUUUUUCAAACAAGAUAAACUUGUCGUUUCCUGUUCAAGAGAUUCGUAUAUACAAGUUUUUGAUUGUUGUUCAGGAAAAUGUGUUAUAAAAUAUAACUUGAGUCCAGAUUUUGCAGAAUCACUUUCACUAAAAGAAGAAUUCUCAAUAGCGGUGGGUACAAAACUAGGGUCUAUUCAAAUUUUUGAUUUGAGAGCUUUAAAAGUUUUACAGAAAUACAGUGAACACACUAGUCAAGUAAAUUGUGUUCAAUAUCAAUAUAGGACUCCGUGUUUGGUCUCGGUUUCAAAAGAUAAAAAAUUAAAUGUUUACGAUACUGAUGAAGGGAGAUUUUUGUAUUCAAUUGAUCACUUUAGUGAAAUAAAAUCAAUGAAUAUUUCCUCAGACGAUAAAUUACUUGCAACAACAUCUUUUCAUUUUGACAAUGAGAUUUCUUUGUGGAAAACAGAGACACUGAAAAUUUAAAGAUUUUAUACAUUUUACAUUCCAAUAUUUAUGUGGUACUAAAUAAAAAUAUUUUUCUGUACAUUUAUAUAUA